AUGGCACCAAGAGUAAUAUUAGCAAUUUUAUAUGUUAUUAUUUUGAGCAAAAUACAUCUGAGCAUUGGAAAUAAUCAUUCAAGAGAAAAUAUUCAAGACAAAAACGUUGAUGAUUUAGACACAACCUUAUUGAACAGAUCAGAUGAAGCUACAACUGAAAAUGUGGAUAAUAAUGAUGAUGAAAUACCUUGCGUUACUGAUCCCACACUUUGUAUUGAAACAAAAGAAGGAUAUGUAGAAAAGACACACGAGUUCCCGCUCAUGUUGAUGACGGUAGCCUACUGGCAUAUUGUGAAAUUCCUUUGGAGAUCCAAUAACAAUUUAGAACAAAUACAGUUACACCAGUUACGUCGAAAUGUACAGACAAAUAGGUUUGCAGCCAGAAGACCUAAGAUUGCGUUAAUUCAUGCCAACGCAUUUGCCAAAAGACAACUACGCUCUCACCGGGAGGCAGCAAAGAUGCUGGUAGCUGUUGUAACCAUGUUUGCACUCUGCUUCUUCCCUGUUCACCUUUUAUGUGUUCUGAGAAUUGUCUACAAUGUACAACACAGUGACAUGAUGACCGUCGUAACACUGAUAUCUCACGUCAUGUGCUACGUCAACGCCGCUGUGAAUCCUCUCAUAUAUAACUGUAUGAGCGGAAAAUAUCGUAAUGAAUUUUACAGGACAUACUGCAAAUUUUUCCGUUGCUGUAUUCCUCCAGACGAUAUUACUGCACCAGAAAGUUCACGAGCUCGUGAUAAUCAAGACACUAUCUAA